AUGACAAGCUUAUCAAUGUCCCUAGGCCCACCGGCCCUGAUCAAACUCCACGAUGCCCUCACAUGCCUUUCCAAGUUCAGCGACACUGUUGCUAUCGAGGCGGAGCAUAGUGUGCUCCGACUCAGUGCUUUGAAUAGUACGAAAACGGCAUUUGCAUCCUUCGUCUGUGAGAAGGAUUCUUUCUUCGAGAGCUACUCGUUUCAGGCGCGCGCGGAUGGUCGGGCCUCGUAUCAGACUCAAAGUCAGGUUUCGGAGCGGUUCUUUUGCCAGAUUUUAAUUAGGGCACUUCUUUCUAUCUUCCGUGGCCGAGUCGAUCGAAAUAAGGACACGGCUGUCGAGCGCUGUGAGAUGGAAAUCCUCGAAGACUCGAAUCAAGCGGAGUGCAGGUUGACUGUUAAGAUGAUCUGCGGCUUAGGUGUAAUAAAAUCAUACAAGCUCACUUACGAGCCGGCGGCGAUUCAGCACGCCGUGUUUGACAGAAGCAAGACAACGAAUCAGUGGACUGCCGAUCCCCGGUUCUUGAAGCAAAUCAUCGACCACUUCAGCAUGUCAGCUGAGCAAUUAGAUAUCUGCGCCGAAGCCGGUAAAGCAACAUUCACCAGUUUUACAACGAAGAUUACGGAAGGAAAAGAGGUCCUCAAAUACCCCGUCCACACAUCAGUAACCUGCGACAGGAAAGAUUUCGAAGAAUUCCUCAUCGAAGAGAACAUGCACAUUGCCAUAAACCUCAAAGACUUCAAGGCAGUUGUCGCGCACGCCGAAACGGCUAAUGCCACCGUUACAGCACGCUACACUCUCCCCUGCAAGCCAAUGCAACUCGCAUACGAGUUCGAGGGCAUCCGUGCUGAAUUCACGGUCAUGACUCGCGGCGAAGUAGAUGGGGAAGAAGUGUCGUCGGCGAGGGCGGUCGUUCCACAAUUAUCUCAGCGUCCGACGACGACGGCACCAGCGACUACGCCAGUACCAAUUUCUCUCAGAAGGAAUGAGACGCCGCGAGUAGCACCGAGCACUGAGAUGCCCCCGCCGCCUGCGCGGGCGCGGUCCAUUCGUCCGUUGAAGGGGGGGUCAACGCAGGAAAAUCUUACGCCUAGGUCGACGAUGGAUCGGCCUUCGGCUUCUGCGUCGAUGGACUUUGACAGUCUUUUUGUGCCGCAGGAUGAUGAUAGGCAGUGGGAUGAGAUGAAUGACGAGGAUGAAGAGGAACCUCAGGAUAUUCUUGGUUGGGAUGCAUCAGGACAGGAGACGUUUGAGCCUGUUCUGCGAGAUAUCGAGCCCGAUUUCUCGAAGCCGGCUGCUUCUCGUAAGGGAGGUAAUAAUGAUGAAAUGGGUCUCCCGCCGACACAGCGCAUGUCCCAGGUCCGUGGCUUUGGUCUCUUCGACUGA